AUGUCGCACUCAGUAAGGUGUUGGUUGUCUUUCUACCUUGAAAUGCUGUGUCUACUGGCAGCGAAAGUUCUUAUACUAUUUGAAUUAUACGAUGAGAAAGUAUGGUCUGGCCCCAGCAAGACAUUGUGCACUAUGCAGUAUGGUCUGUUUGAAAUGGGUAAUUGGAAGGGCGAAGUUAAAAUACAAAACUGUGAGACUAAAUGCAAAACUGUAAAUGAUAUGAUAAUAGUGCCCAAAACAAUAGCAUUUAUCAUAGCUGUAAUGGUGACGUCUCUGGAUUUAACACGUUUUUAUCUAUCUUCAAACGCGAAAAAUGGGGCUUAUCGCUAUUACAAUUGUGUAGACUGGUCUUUACUUAAUUUGACAGUACAAUAG